AUGUCGCGCAAUCCAGGCUACUCGCGGGCGGGAGCCAAUGGAGGCUAUGCCAAUGGCAACGGCAACUACGCUGGCGGAGGAUAUAAUGGAUACGCGGGUGGUGACAGCAACUACGAUGACCGGCCAAGCGGUGAGCGACCACGAAGACCAGGUGGAUACGGUGGCAUGAGCGCGCAGCAAGACAACAACUAUGCACCACGACCGAGCAAUGAGCGCGAACGACCCCGACGACCUGGUGGCUACGGUGGCCUUGCCCAGGAAGAUGAGAUGGAAAGGAGACCUAGCAGCGACCGAGAGCGCAGACCCGGCGGUUAUGGAGGAGGCGGCUUUGCAGCGCGCGACGAGAGCCCUCGCCAGGUCACACGGCCUACCAGUAUCGAACGCAGCCCAGCGAAACGUCGUAGCGGAGAGCGACAGAACGGGAGCCGGCCCAGGAACGCAAACAAUGGACAGGGUAGCCAAGCAAUCGAGGAGGUGCUCCAAUACAUACAACAAAAUUGGGGAUUCAUGACCAAAGACCAAUGCGUUCCCAUCGAAGUUGCCCUAAAACUCAUGGAUUCGAGUUCGCUCGGUCUGGCAAGUCAGGCUGGUCAGUUCCAGCAAACGCACGAUCAGCUACAGAACGCCCUGAAAGGCAUCGUCAACGAACACCACCAAGGUUUCAACAGCUCCAUUGGUACCUUCCAUCAGAUUCAGUCUAGUCUACAAAACUCCCAACACCGUGUCAGAACUCUUAAAGGCUCACUUGUCGCGGCCAAGUCGCAACUCUCUACAGCUAAGCCAGAGCUCAAGGAGUUUGCCACUACCUCUCAGAACUACGAUGAGAUGUUACAAAUGCUCGACACUAUUGAGAAACUACAGCUCGUACCUGAGAGACUGGAGGCUCGCAUAUCGGAGAAGCGUUUUCUGACAGCUGUAGACAUCUUACAAGAUGCGCUACGCAUGAUACGGAAGACUGAAAUGGAGAAGAUUGGAGCCCUGUCUGACUUGCGCACAUACCUUAGCAACCAAGAAGUAUCGUUGACUGAUAUCUUGAUCGAAGAACUUCACAGUCAUCUCUACCUCAAAUCGCCCUACUGCGAGGACAGAUGGAAGGAAUACGCCCAGAACCAAGUCAAGGGCGAUCUGUCUCAGCGCGCCCAGACUGAUGCAAGAGGCCGGUUGCUUUACUAUUUCCUAGACGGUCUCGAUACUUCCGAGCCAAUGACGGACGAUUCCACGCAUAAUCCUGAGACAGACACGUUCCAGUACAUACGACUGGUUAUCGAGGCGCUGAACAAGAUGAGCCGCCUAGACAUGGCAGUAGAUACUAUCGAACAACGGCUGCCAGUCGAGCUCUUCAAGGUUGUAGACAAGUCUAACAACGAAGUCGCGCAACGGCACCCGAGCAUACUGCGAGCCUACUCCGCUAAGAAGAAGGGCAAAGCCAAGACUGAAGUUGAAAACGAAGAUGUUCGGACUACUCUUCUAAACGACUUGAUGUGGACUCUCUAUGCACGGUUUGAAGCAAUUGCGGAAAGCCACCGGGUUGUGCACGACGUUGUGGCAGGCAUCGUUCGGCGAGAGAAUCGAGCUGCAUCAAGUGCAACAUUGACCCGUGGCUUCAAAGAGUUGUGGAAGCUGUACCAAAGUGAGAUGCGGUCACUUCUCCACGACUAUCUUGCUACGGACGGCGAAGCGUCUUAUAGAGGCGGCCAAGGUCAGACGUCCACUGGCAGUGCAUUCUCGCGCGCUCCUCGCGACCGAAACAAGCGCAUGUUCAAGCUAUCCGACGUGGAUACCAAAGCGGCCGAGCUUUCCAAAGAGCGAGAGGAUCUAGAGGUCAUCCUCAAGACAUCAGUGCCUGGACUCGUGUCCGACUCAAAGCGACCAGAGGAUGUCAACACUAACACAACCACCAACCUUGACGGCAGUGCGACUGGACACAAACUGCUAGUUGAGCCCAGUGUCUUCAACAUGGGCAUUCUGUUACCCCCAUCACUAGACUUUUUGAAUCGGUUGAAGGAGGUCGUGCCAUCAAAUGCUGAUAUCAGCAUGAGUACUUUGACUUCGUUCUUAGACGACUUCUUAGUCAACGUCUUCCACCCACAGCUAGAUGAGACCCUCAUCGAGUUAUGUUCUCAAACGUUCAUUGAGAUCGACUCAUUCAACGAGGAUCCUCACUGGUCGAGACACUCCAAAAAGCCCAUCUUCAAGGGAACUGCACAAUUCUUCACGCUCAUCACUGCUUUCUGCAAGAUGCUGGACAACCUUCCCCACGAUCAAGCUUUCUCUCAACUUAUCGUCAAUCAAAUGGACACAUACGCCCAGAAGUGUAGUGGCUGGUACAAGGCUCUCGUCAGCCGAUCACAGCCUACAGCAAGCGGCCGUCUUAUGAAAGCACCUGCCGUAUGGGCAGAGUCUGAAGCAAUGGAAGAACUCAUUGCCCGCCUGGUGCGAAUAGAUCCAUUGGAUCACGAGGAGUUGAACAAAGCCAUCGAGAACGAGGUCGCUCUUCUGAUCGAAGCAGUGGAAGCUGACGAGCCCCUGGAUCAAGCGGAUAUGAUACAGGACAAGAAGAGUAUCGUCAGCCUUUGUUUGCUGUACACAAGCAUGAAGUGGCUGGCCACCAAGGCCGCCCAAUUACGACAUAUCAGUGAUCGUGCGUCUGACCCGAUUAAUGCGGAAUCGAACGGCCAGAGGCAUAACAGACGUUGGACCCAGCUCUCCUCCUCCGACCCCAGGCCACAAAGCGCUCGGGUUUAUCUCCCAUUAAGCGCAGACACAGCUGCUAUAUUCGAUGCAGUUGUACAAACCUACCAUUCUCUCAGCACCCGCGUUCUACGCACGCUGCACCUCUCAAUCCGAUCCACGAUCUUGCAUUCGCUCAACGCGAGCACACAACCGAACGUCUACAUCGACACUCUACUCAGCGACCCCGACCCUGCCAUCCUCGCCCUUAACGCCACACUUGUCUCCUUCGACACCGAAGUAUCAACCUACAUCCCAACCGCGUCCUACAUGCACAUAACACGCGGCCUAGCGACCUUGAUGGACACAUACCUCCUCAAUCUCUGCACCUCCAAGAUAACCCGCAUGAACACCAACGGCUGCGCAUUAAUGCAACUCAACAUCCUUGUCCUCCAGCAAAACCUCAAGAACAUCGAAGACGGUGCUACAUUACCCUACGCAGCCCUCUUCUUUGAUCUCUUCACCGCAGGCCCAGAUACGAUCGUCACAAGAGCUAAAGAGUAUGGCAGGGGCUUCGGUGUCCAGGGGGAUAUGUUUGGGGAGCAGGAAGUGAAGAAGUUGUUGCAGAUGACGUAUGAAGAGAGGCUUAAUGAUCAGAAUAGGGAGGCUAGUGUGCAGGCGAAGAGGGCGCUAGAUGCGCAAUUGUUGGAGAUUAGUGAAUUUAUGUAUUAG